GAGGACCUCAAGAACAUUCCCACUUCUUGGAUUUUGUCUACAAACCCCAAGGCUGUUUGGAGUGUGUCAUCCAAGUGGCUGCAGCAUCAGCAGAAUGAUGUCACAAAUUCAGAUGUUUCUUCCACACCAGCAGUAGGAGACCAGAAGAUAAGGGUCUUGUUUUGCCAGCAAGCCACUCUAAAAGGAAAGUGGAGGUGGGGGGGGCAAGGCUAUAACCCGCCCCCCAAAAUACAGCCUGCUGGCAAGUCUCCUAACAGUUUCAACUCUCUCUGUGCUUCAUCAUUGACCUCUCAGUUGGCCAUUGGGAGGGCCGGGCAUCAGCCCUCAAGGGGCCAGAUUUGACCCAAGGGCCUCCAGUUUCCAGUCCCUAAUCCGAAUCUCUCACUAAUAAGAAAUGGCUACGGGGAGAGGGGAAACAGCUGCCCUUCACCAUCAGUUUCAAGGCGCCUCAGAGCCAGGGAUGCAGCCGACGAUGAAAAUGGAGGAGCAGGACUCAGCGACCCAUGACCUUAGGGGAGGCGGAGUCCCCCGCUUCCUUCAGGCUGGGUCCAUGAGAGAGUUUUUAGCUGGUGAAACUCCUCAACAGGUAAAACAGGAACCGGAUGAAGGACCUCAACAGCACUGGGAGACUCAAAGGCCGGAGUUCCCAAAAGCGGUGUCGUAUCCUCAGGUGGGGUGGAGAAACCCUCAACUGCACAAGCACUUGCCAUGGGACUCUAACUCUUUUCAGACCUCCUAUGAAGGAGCAUCCAACACUAGCCAGUGGCCAGUUGGAGGAUGGGUGCCGCAAACUGUGCCAGGCGGAGAAGCCCCUCCGGCUUAUGGCAGCCAGGUUCAACAAGAGAGAAGGAAUUAUGGUGGUGUGAAGGAAGAGAUUCCCAAUGAGGAUACUGUCAAUUUAGAGGUAAGGCGGCAGCGCUUUAGGCAUCACCGCUACCAGGAGGCCGAAGGACCUCGCGAGAUUUGUCGGCAACUCCAGGAACUUUGCCACCAGUGGCUGAAGCCAGAGCGACGGACGAAGGAGCAGAUCCUGGAGCUGCUGAUCCUGGAGCAGUUCCUCACCAUCCUGCCUCAGGAAAUCCAGAACUGGGUCAGGGAACAUGGCCCCAACACCUGCGCCCAAGCAGUGACCUUAUCAGAAGAUUUCCUCAUGAGGCAGCGAGAGGCCCAGAGAAAAGAACAGCAGGCAAUGUGGACAUUUGAGGAGGUGGUCAUGAACACCCCCAUGGGCCAACAGAUGCAGUACCCCGCUGUGGCCCAGCAGGUCCAUUACCCUACUGUGACACUGCCAGUCCAGUAUCCCACCAUGGCACAGCAGACACAAUAUCCUGCUGUUGCGCAGCAGGCCCCCAAUCCCAUCUUGUCUGAUCGACUGCCACUGGAUACUGGGAGAACGCUGAUCUGCAGAGAACCAAUCCCUGAAAAUGGGCGGAGUCUACGACCUUACGGCCCUAUCCAAGAGUUCCGGAGACCCCUCACCAAUGCGGAGCGGAUGCGGAACCGGAGGAUGCGAAACAGGAAGCAGCGCCUGGAGACCAGCAUGCAACUUGUUGAGUCGGCUUCGCGGGCCCCCUCAAUGCUGCUGGAUGCCAUGCGAGGGCUGCACAGACAGGACCUGAAAGCCUUUGACAGGGCCCGGCAAGAGGAACGGCAGCACCGGAAGCAGGAGAGGCGGCAGGACAGGGCCACCGCCCAGCUGAUGGUCAACGCUAUCGAGCGGUCCCACAGUGACCUGGGGGAGUUCUUGGGGAGGCAAACGGUCACCAUGGCAGCCAUUGCAGCUGUAUUUACGGGCCAGAGGUCUGCCCCACAAGGAUCACUUCCUAGCUACGGUUCUUAUCAGGGGCAUAACAACCCGCCUUGGGGCCCUGCAGAGUCAGGGUCCGGAACUACUUUACCAUCUGGUCAUGUGCCUGGUAUAUCUUCAGAGCCUGUUCCCGGCCCAGUAAUACCCUGUCCGGUGCCGCCUCUGACUGCCUCUGGUGGCAUUUGCGACAUGGUCCCUGAGCAGCCGCCUCUAGAUGGACCGAGGGAGGAUUCUACUCCAGACUCACCCACGCCUUCGACCUCUGACUCUGCAUCACGUCCCCUAAGCACAAGGCCGCACAGAGGAGUGAAACGGAAGAUGUGGGAAUGACAGAGAUUUCCUUUUCCUUCCUCCCAGUAGUUUUGUUCAGAAUUUUUGACACCAGUUUCUCCACAAACAGGGUUGCCUGAAUUCCUCUUCCCGUGGAAUUUUUAUCCAGACAAUUCAUAUAUCUAUGCAAAAAGGGCUUAAACAAAAGCCCCCCAUCGACAGCCAGUGUCAGCUGUAGGUUUUGGAGCCUGUGAGUUUACUGGGGGGCAGGGAAGAUGAAAACUUUGAGCUGGGAUACUCUGGAUUUAUCGGUCCGAGCUCCCCUCUUGUAAAAUGGGACUGCCCGGCCUACCUCACUGGAUGGUUGCGAAAGCAAAGAUUGUAUAGCACUUUGCAAAUGUAAAUUAUUUUACAAACGCUUAUUCGACUUCUCAUACCUUUCAAGAAAUUUGAAAGGGGGCACGAACUAAAUUGAGCUGUGUCAGCUCUAGAACACUGGUGGAACCCCAUGGAUGCUGCUGCUACUUUUUAAAGAAUUACAAAACGUUGUACAGUCUUUCUUGGAUUUGCCCUUGAAGCGAGCUUGUUAAGGUGCUUGUGUGUGCGUGUGAAAAUCCCUUUUAUACCCAUUUUGCAGAUGGGAAACUGAGGCUGAAGUUCAGCUGUAUUUUUAAUUAACAGGCAUCUCCUGGUAUGUGAACAACAUCUUUUUGCUCUGGCAUAAGCGCCACAAAAGCUUAUGCUGGAAUAAAAAUUUGCUAGC